CCGACACACACAGUCUAGUUCUUCUCACAUUUUGAAAAAAAUGCGCAAAUCGCGUGUAUUUCUGUGAUGUUACUUUUGCUGUAUUUUUAUUUUAUAAACUUUCAUGCACCAGCGAGGUCACAUACCCAAAAUCUUCACAUAGGAGGUUUAUUUCAACAUGAAACCGAGCAAAAAGCGUUUCAUCUUGCUACAAACCUCGUUAACAGCAAAUACAAAAACUCAACUAUAAGACUAAUUCCAGAUUCUUAUCUUGUUGAUAAUUUCAACGCUUAUAAUACUUAUCUCACCACUUGCGAGCUUUUGCAAAAGAGCGUUAUUGCGAUUUUUGGCCCAAGCUCCAUUCAUUCAUCUCUAACAAUUCAAACAAUCCUCGACAGAAAAGAAAUACCUCACGUUGAGACAUAUUGGGAUCGCAAACUCCUAAGACACGACUGUUUACUAAAUCUACACCCACAUUCGUCGAUUAUGACACAAGCUUAUCUCGAAAUUGUGGAUAAGUGGAAUUGGAAAAGUCUUGUUGUAAUUUACGACUCGGAAGAGAGCCUCUCAAAAUUGAGUAUUUUUGCAUCUUCUUGUAAACAAAGAGUGACGUUAAGCCGACUUGAAUUAGAUAUGUAUGACACAUACAGGACGAGUUUGACUAGUAUUAAAAAAACCGGUGAAACAAAUUUUAUUUUGGAAUGUUCCAUUGAAAUUUUGGAGGCGGUUCUUAGACAAGCACAACAAGUGGGAAUGAUGACUGAACGCCAUAGUUAUCUCAUCACCAAUCUUGAUUUGCAAACAAUAGAUUUGGCACCGUUUCAAUUCUCUGGAGCUAAUAUCACAGGAUUUAGAAUUUUUAAUCCCGAAAAUGAGGAUGUUAUGACUAUAGCUGAUCAAAUUUACACUCAAGAAAAAUACAAAGAGAUUCCUGCAGGAUGGUUACUUAAACACCGAACAGCUCUUUUAAUCGAUUCAGUCGAUUUGUUAUAUCAUGCAGUGCUUGAUUUAACACUCUCGGAACAAGUGGUCAUCAAAAGUCAAAUUUUGUAUUGCAAUGCUACCAACAAUUGGGACAGUGGCCACACUAUAGUCAACUAUAUGAAAGGGCAAACCAUUAGAGGACUUACCGGGAUUGUCCACUUUGACAAUGAAGGUUUUCGUCGAGACUUUGAUUUAGAUAUUUUAGAAUUGUCACUUGGUGGUUUAUUACGAAUUGGUGCUUGGUAUCCUUCUACUGGUUUAAGUCUUCAUCGACCACCGAAACCAUUAGAAGUGGUCAAAAUUGUCGACGAGACAAAUCUUGUAAAUAAAACUUUCACCGUCAUUACAUGUUUGACUACUCCUUAUGGUAUGUUGAAGGAAACAACGCAACAGCUUUUGGGCAAUGACCGGUUUGAAGGCUUUGGUAUUGAUUUAAUGGACGAGUUGUCAAGCAUGCUGGGUUUUAAUUACACUAUUAUAAUUCAGGAAGAUGGUUACAAUGGGAAUUAUAACGCAACAACUGGGGAAUGGAACGGUUUAAUUGGUGCAAUUUUGAGUGGUAAAGCUGAUUUAGCAAUCGCCGAUUUGACUGUCACCGCAGAACGUGAAUCUGUUGUGGAUUUUACUCUCCAAUUUAUGAAUUUGGGAAUUUCAAUUUUGUACAAAAAGCCUAAACCUGUGCCUCCAAGUUUGUUUAUGUUUGUUUCACCUUUCUCUUACACAGUUUGGAUUUUACUGGUGGUGACUUACUUUGUUGUUUCAUUGUGUUUUUUCGUAAUGGGGCGAUUGUCACCGAGUGAAUGGACUAAUCCUUUUCCUUGCGUUGAGGAACCUGAAUAUUUGAUCAACCAAUUUAGUAUUAGAAAUAGCUUGUGGUUCACAAUCGGGAGUUUGAUGCAACAAGGAACAGAACUGGCACCAAUUGGUAUUUCGACAAGAACCGGAGCUGGUGUUUGGUGGUUUUUUACUCUGAUUAUGGUUUCGUCAUACACGGCUAAUUUGGCCGCUUUCCUCACUGUUGAAACACUAGUAACACCUUUUAGUAAUAUUAAGGAAUUGUCAGAACAGACUGAAAUUAAAUACGGGGCCAAAAGAGGAGGCGCUACUGCAAAUUUUUUUAAGAAUGCAGGAAAUGACAGUGUGCGUAGCAAAAUUUGGCAUUUUAUGGCUACCCAUGAUGAAGAAAUGACUGAAAGUAAUGACGAAGGGGUGGAUCGCACCGAAAAACAACAUUACGCUUUUUUUAUGGAGUCUACAACUAUUGAGUAUGUUAUUGAACGCCACUGCUCUUUGGCAAGUAUUGGGGCACCUUUAGACGACAAAGGAUAUGCCAUAGCUAUGAAAAAAAAUUCAUCGUACAGAAAUGACUUAAGUGCUGCCAUUCUUAAAUUGCAAGAAACCGGCAAAAUAGCAAGAUUAAAAGAAAAAUGGUGGAAAGAGAAACGUGGUGCUAGUAAUUGUGGUUCACAAAUUUCAGAAAGUGCCGCAACCCCUCUGAAUUUACAAAACGUAGGUGGCGUUUUUUUGGUACUUUUCGUGGGCACCAUUCUUGGUUUUCUAAUUUCUUUUAUUGAGUUAGCAAUGCGUGUGUAUGGGAACACAAAAAAAUCGAAACAAGUCUUCAAAAAACAGCUUAUAGAAGAAAUGAAAUUUUUUAUUCAAUUUCAGAAGAACGUGAAGAGUGUUAAACAAGAUGAAGAAAAUUAGUGACUUUUUUAUAGAAUAAAAGGGACCAAAUCGAUGAAGCAGAAACCGGAAAGCUAUCACCUUGACAUUGACCGAAAUUCUUUCUGGAAAAUUUUAUUAUAAAUGCACGUCAUGAGUGAUCUAUUUUAAUAUGUUUGUGGCAUAAAUUAUGAUUUAAUUGCUAAUCAGAUUGCUUGGAAUAAAAUAAAAUAAAAAACUUUAUA